AUGUCAGUCGCCGCUCUUCGGCCAACCCAUGCAGCAGGGUGGCAACCUGCUCCUUGCACCGUUUCCACUUCUCCCUUGAGCCACACCUCUUUUGGUCCUAACCCUGCUUCUGGCUACAAUCAGCCGUACGUCCGAUCUCACGGGGUCACCUACGGUCAUCCAGAUGACGACUGCAUCACCAACACCAACAGGAACAACAGAGUAGAAGGAGAUGGGUACGAAAAGCAGUAUGGUCCAGGAGCCAGUAUCUCUACUAAAAUCAAUGUAUUCAAUAUUGAAAGAUAUUUAAGGAAUGUCACCAAAAAUAAUCCAGAUGCAUGGAAAGAUCCUAAUAUCCGUAACCAAGUUUCUCAAGCUAUAUCCAUCGAUCUAAACUCUAAAGAACCUAUUUUGGAAACUCCCUCUUUCAAAAUUGAUUUACCAAGUGUAGAAUCAAAAGUUUAUCAUGAUACCAGAUCGGAAAUUGAACAUAUGAUCAAAAGUUGUAUAAGGGACUAUCAAAAGAGUCAAGACACGAAAUAUAUCAUGAGAGCUGAUCAAUUUUCAAGAAAAGAGAUAUCAAGUAAGAAAUCGUUAGUGGAAAGUUGGUUGAAAGGUGAAAAGGUAUUUGAUAAACCUGUUAAAACCCAAUUGAAUUUGAUGAAUAUGGAUAAAUUCUUGAACAGACAUAAAGAUCUUUCGUCGGAUAAAUCUUAUAGAGAGAAAAUACAAGGUUUCUUACUUGGACAAGAAGCUAGUGUUGAACUUUCUUAUGAAGAUAGUGAGCGAUUAUCGGAUGGAUUGCAUUACGAGAAUAAGGUCGUUUCGGGUAUAUCGAAAGAUCAAGGUAAAGAUGGGGUUAGGGAGUGGCAAAGAGAGAAAAUGAGGAGGAUAGAUAAACUCACGAGGGAUUGGUAUAAAUCCUCUGGGAUAAGUGACGAACAAUGGCAAACUGAGAUGGAGAGUAUGGAGAAGGAUCUGAGAGCAAAAGGGAAACUUGGUGGUUCUUCAUCUGGAACGACUGAUCAGUCGAGUCCAAGAAGUGGCGAUGGUGAAGGCGAUAGAACCAAGACAUCCUUGAGUAUACUUAACUUGGAUACGUUUUUGGAAAAUUAUUCUGAACUAGCUAAGGAUGCCAGAAUUCAAGAAGUGGUGAAGCGGACAUUGAAAGGUGAACAGAUCCCAAUUUCCUUUGGGUCCGAAUCGAUCGCUACCGAGUUGAACGAAGCUACCAGACAGAGUUCGGAGGUACUUUCGAUAUUCAAAGAGAGCGAAGAUAAAGAUGGUAUGAAGAGUUGGCAAAAGGAAAGAAUGGGUAAGAUAGGUAAGAUGUUAGCGAAGUGGGAGGAGAAGUCAGGCAAGAGUAUAAAAGAAUGGGGUGAAAGUGGCAGUGGGAGUCAGAGUGGGGAUUCUUCUUCAGAGUCUUCAAGAGGAGGUUCUUCUUCUUCUUCCGUCCAAGCUUCAAUAGACAAAUCAGAUCUCAGCGAAACUGAAUUAACGCGGUACAACCUCCCCGAAUUACUGAGCUGCUAUACCGAUCCCAAUCGUUCUGGAAGUUCUUCAGAGGUACAAUCAUUUCUAUACAAAUGUCUACCCCCAAAUCACCCCAAGGUGAAAAAGAUGUACGAAGUGAUCAGUCAGACUGACGAGACCCAAAAGCUCAACUUACCUUCCAAACUUUCCAAAACGCUCGGCUCUGUUCAGGACAAAACAACAAAAGAAUUAAGUUCGUUGAAUGAGGACGAAAAUUCGAUAAAGACUUGGAAACAUUUCCAAGACCUAAGGAGUAAAGCAGCGUUACAUAAUUGGAAAUAUUCACAUAAAAGCGAUGAUCGUACACCCCUUGGUAAGUCAACUACAUCCGUACCGGGAAUACAUCGAAGACCUAUAUCGGAUGCGACGCGGACAGCAGAAAGUUUCGAUAAGUCCAGAAUCGAUCAGAUCGACCGAUUCGUUUCAGACGAUAGUACCAGUGCGGGACAGGUCGAUGAUAAACAGUGGUGGAUCAUGGAUCAGUCUCUGAGGUCAAGAUAUGGGUAUGGUAAGCAUGGGAUGAAAGUCGACAAGGAAGAUCAAUUGAGAAGUAAGAGGAGUUGGGAUGGAGUAGAGUCAAGUGGUAGUUAUCUGGAUCUCCUCAAUAGGACGUAUCGUACUGGGAGUAGUAUCAGUAGCAGUGGUGGAAGUGAUCCCUCAACGACGGGAACACCGUUAGUAUCCGCGUCGGCUUGA